AUGCAGGAGACCAACGCCACCAGAGAUCCACAGAAGACCCAGUACCCUUCAGCAAACCCCAAAGCCAAGGCAGCCGUCCGAGCCAUGCGCGCAGACUUUGAGCUGAGGCGGAGCUGCUUCCGGGAAGCUGCGGCGCAGGGGGGCGGCCGCGAAGCUGCGCUGCAGUUGCUCGCAGCCGCGUUGCCCGGGAAAACCCUGGAGGAGAUGCGCGCGCAUGACAACAGGCGCAUGGAGAUGAGACGGCAGCGGCUGAUGCGCGGAUCUGCGGCAGCCAACGAGGCCAGAAGAGCUGCCCGGUUGCUGGCCAGGGCAGAGUCUCGCCUUGCGCGCUCGGCUGAGGCGGCAGAGCAGAGAGCCUACUCUGCAGCAGAGGCGGCUGAGAGAAGGAUGACUGGGCAGAAGCUGCAGGCUGAGCUGGCGGCCAUGUCAGCUCAGCGCGCAGCGGCGGCUGCCGAAACCGAGCGGCAUCGCAGCGCUGCCAAGGAGGCUGCAGCGGCAGAGGCGGACAGGAGGCGGCGGUCGGAGCAGAGUGCUCGGGACCGGAGCGCUUUGGCCCUCGCAGCACACCGGGCCGCUGCAGAGGUGAUGCAGGCACAGAGAAGGAUUGAAGAGGCACACGCGGCAGCGCUUGCAGAAUGGCAGGCUCGGCAGGCAGCGGUGCAGAACGCGGGCCGGGUGAGUAAUCGGGAGCGGCUGCGCGCGGACCGAGCGGCGGCCCGGGAUGCGGCUGCGGCAGCGGAGGCCGCCGCGGCCCGUAAACGGGACCUACGGCUCCUGGAGCUCGCAGCACAGGUGAGGGUAGAGGUGGCAGCGGAUGCAGGAAGAGUCCGAGCGCCGACAGCCGCCUCCGCUGCGGCGGCUGACGAUGCACCCACGGCCGCAUUCAAGCCGGUGCAUGGCUACACGACAGAUGAGAUUCUGCGGGACAAGCGCUUCAGGGCGAAGCACUGGCACGCCUAG